AUGGACGCUGCAGCCAGACCGCUCAUAGGUUUGUUACCUGUUGAAGUUCGGGGUCUGGCUGCUGGACUGGGUUGUGACACCAGCAGCAAGAAGUAUGGUCAUCCUCAGAAGUGUCUGUCGGUGCUCGCCUCUCUGCAGCUCGGUGAUGCUGCUGUGUCUGCUGUGCAGUCUGAGCUCAGCAGAAGAGCAUCCAGCAGCAGCCAGUCUGUGAGGACUGGCUUCAUCGGGGAUGAGGUCCUCCUGCCUUGCAUCUGCUCUAACCAGCUGUCCGAGCCGGUCACCGCCUUCUGGAGGGACAAGGAUGACAAAGUUGUAUUGGACAUCAUCAACAGCAGACAGGAUAAAAUAGAUGCAAAGUUCACAGGUCGAGUGUUCAGCUUCCCAGACUAUUACAAGAACGGAAACCUUUCCAUCCUCAUAAAGGAUCUGAGGAUGGACGAUGCCGGCCCAUACGAGUGCGACAUCCCCAAAGUGGACUAUCAGGUCAAGAUGACUCUGAAGGUCACAGAGAAACCCACAUCACACGGUGCAACAGUAACCUCCUUCAGCCACCACCUGGUUCUCCUCUCUGCUCCUCUGUUUGUGCUUUUCUGCUCUUUAAAGUUAAUGCCAGGGCUGGACUGCCCCGCUGUCCUCUUCACCAUCUUCAUCAUCAGCUUUGACAAAGUGAGCAUUCUGGAUGUCUGCACUCCGGCUGGACAUGACGUCCUGCUGCCCUGCAUCUGCUCCGAGCUGCAGCGUUUAUCUCAGAGGUUUGAGGUUCUUUGGGAGGACAGAGAAGGCAGAAUCCUGUUGGACAUCACUGAUGGCAACACAGAUGUUUGCUUUCAACAUCAGACUUUUAGAGGGCAGGUUCAGAGCUUUCCUCAUCUGUACAUAGAGGGAAACGUCUCUGUCCUCCUGAAGAGCAUCCAGAUAUCAGACAGCAAUUUGUAUAAGUGCAUCAUCCCACAGAUGGACUUCAAGGUCAUCGAGGUCACUGUGUCAGGUUGGUCGCACUCAGACUCCUCCCACAGCUCAGACAAACCUGUGUUUUACGUCAUCGAUGGCAUGCUAUCUGCUGAGUAUCAGGACCAGAUGUUCACAGGUCGAAUACUGAGUUUUCCUGAUCAGUACAAAGAGGGAAACUUCUCCAUAAUUCUGAAGAACAUCCAGCUGUCAGAGAGUGGCUCCUACGACUGCUUCAUCUCAAUGGUGGGCUUAGUUCACCUCAUCGUGUCAGCCAGCAGCCAGUCUGUGAGGACCGACUUCAUCGGUGGUGAGGUCCUGCUGCCCUGCGUCUACUCUGAAAAGCUGUCCGAGCCGGUCACUGCCUUCUGGAGGGACAAGGAUGACAAAGUUGUGUUGGACAUCAUCGAAAGCAAAGAGCAUAAAAUAGAUCCAAAGUUUAAAGGUCGUGUGGUCAGCUUCCCAGACCAAUACAAAACUGGAAACCUCUCCAUCCUCAUAAAGGGCCUGAGGGCGGACAACGCCGGCCCGUACGAUUGCAACAUCCCCAAAGUGGACUAUCAGACCAAGAUGACUCUGAAGGUCACAGUGAAACCUGCUGUUAAAAUAACGACUCCACAUCCUGAGCCUCCUACGACUCGUGGUGCAGCAGUGACGACCUCCAAACACCACCUUUCUCUCCUCUCUGCCCCUCUGUUUGUGCUCUUCAGCUCUUUAAAGUAG